CCCACACCGGCUGACGAACAGAAGAAGCAUUGCUUCAUAUACGCAGAGAUGGGUGAGGAGAUUGUCCCUUCGGGGACAUCCGAUAAAAUUGGAACGAUACAGAGAAGAUUAGCAUGGCCCCUGCGCAAGGAUGACACGCACAAAUCGAGAAAUGGUCCAAAUUUUUUUUUCUCCUUUCCUGCUUUUCCGGGGUAUUUUUUGACGCCGUUGAUAUGCUGCUUCUGGGUUCCACCUCCUCUAUUCUUGUGCCUUCGCGGAGGUUUUGGCCAUUAUCUUUAAUGGAUGCAAAAAUUCAUCGCUUAAUUCUUAAGAACUCAAGAGGUGGCGGCUUUGGAUGCGGAGUUUAUGAUAGCAGUGAAACUCUUGAAGAUAAGGAAAUUGUUGAGGCUGGUUCAUAAUGAUAAAGGCCAUUUAAAUGUGAUUCUAGAUAAUGGCAAUUGAUAAGCGCGGAGCAUAUGGUAUUGAAAACCGGAUGAACCCAUGAAUGGAGAGAAUUACUAUGUCUUUGAAGGGGAUGCAUGUCUAGCGAUAUUGACGGUACGGUGGGAUGUUGGUGUGGUAAACAGUCUCUUAUAUAGUAGGGACUGGGAGCUGAUUCUGGGGAUUCCUGGGAGCAAGAGGUCACUCCUGGAUCGUAUCUUCUGGCCUUGGGAUGAAAAAGGUCGCUACAACGUAAAGAGCAGCCGAUUGGCCUUGGGAUGGAAAUGCUAUUACCGACCGUACCAACAGACAAGCUAUAAGGGAUUCAUGGCUUACACGACUAUUCUAGAGACUCUAAACUUAGCUAUGUACCACUUUCCCUGCGGAUUGAUUAACAAAUGGACAGUGAACUUCCGCUGCUGUAGGGAGAUGAAAUUUAUUUAAUACCAUUCUCGAGUUCUU